CUUAUCCAACGCUUAAACCCUAAGCACACACUUUCAUCAAAAUCGUACACACACCAGUGAGUGAGAGAGAAAUGGCAAACCCAAGGUCUUCAUCGAUUUGGCGAUCGUCCGUCCAACGACCGGCCAUAUCGAGAUGGAAGUCUGACCCGAUGUUGACACUUACUUCAAAAUCGAACACAAGAGAGAAACGGUGAACCCCAAGGUCUUCUUCGAUAUGACGAUCGGCGGUGCACCGGCCGGCCUUAUCGUGAUGGAGCUCUACGCCGAUGUUGUUCCGAAAACGGCCGAGAACUUCCGUGCCCUCUGCACCGGGGAGAAAGGCGUUGGAAUAUACGGCAAUCCUCUGCACUACAAGGGAUCGAAAUUCCACCAUGUGGUCCCUGGUUUCAUGUGCCAGGGAGGUGACUUCACCACUGGAAAUGGCACCGGCGGCGAGUCUAUCUAUGGAUCGAAGUUCGCUGAUGAGAACUUCAUCAAGAAGCACACCGGUCCUGGUGUGUUAUCCAUGGCCAAUGCUGGUCCUGGAACUAAUGGAUCGCAGUUCUUCGUCUGUACCACCCAAACCCCGUGGCUCGAUGGGAAGUAUGUAGUGUUUGGACAAGUUGUGGAGGGAAUGGACGUGGUGAAGGCGAUCGAGAAGGUUGGAUCGAGUUCUGGAAGUACUUCCAAGACUGUGACCAUAGCUGACUGUGGUCAACUUAGCUAGAUCUGAGAUCUGGUCUAUAUAUUGAGUGUGUUAUCUAUCUUUCUCUGCUUCGUUUCUGAAUACCUGUGAACUUGUUUAGGGUUUCCAGUAGCUUACUCUUUUAUUCAGUGUUGGCUUUUUACCGUGGUGG